ACAAAAAGGAGAAGUGGCGCAGUAUCAGCUUCUCUGAUUGGCCCUUGAAACAUCACUGACAAAUCAGCACCGAGAUUGUUAAAUUUGGAAAUUGAUGUUUGGCAUUUAGGUUUGAAAGGAUGUCGCUAAAUCGGGGAAUCGGCAGUGUGCAGUACAUGAAAAAAAGGAUACCGAAAAACGCUAAGUAUCAACAUGUCAAAACGAGGCUGGACACAGGAUGCAGUCUUACAAAGUAUAUGGAAAAACUGGAGGAGAUUAAAAAAAAUUACAGGUAUCGAAAAGAUGAAAUCUUCAAGCGGUUAAAGGUGACAACGUUUGCACAAUUGAUACUUCAGGUAGCCUCCGUUUCAGACCUGAAUGAAAGUGAUGACAGCGAAUCACAUGGCCCAGAAGACGGCCUGUCAGUGGUGUCUGAUGCAGAUCUAGAGUGUCUCUCUGAACACACCAACGGCUCUCCACAGGCGUCACCUCUUUCAGAUCGCCAGGAUGCAGGAGACACGAGGGAAAUCUGCUACUCUGCCAGGUCAACACUGCUAAGUGUUAUUAGCGGAGUGGGAGAGUUGAACCUCAACAGGAACAAUCAGAAGAUGGAGAAUGAGUCUGUGUUCAACCCCGAGCCUGCUGACAGGCCCUACGCCGACUGCCCCUACCUGCUGCUGGACGUACGGGACCGAGACCAAUACGGCCGCUGCCACAUCAUCAGCGCACACAGUUUUCCCAUUGCCAUGCUAUCUCGAACAAUGAACCCCUACACCAAAGAAGUGCUGGAAUAUAAAAAUGCAGCUGGGAAGAUCAUCAUCGUGUAUGAUGAAGAUGAGAGAAUAGCCAGCCAGGCAGCCACCACCAUGUGUGAACGAGGAUUUGAGAAUCUGUUUAUGCUGUCUGGAGGUCUCAAGGUAAUUGCUCAGAAAUUUCCAGAAGGGCUGACAACGGGCUCCAUCCCGACCUCAUGCUUGUCCUCUCCCACAUCAUCAAAGGGGAAGAAGAGCUCUGUGCCGCAGCAGCCGCCGCAGGCAGCAGAGAAGAGGUGGCGGUUUACAUCAGACGAGCUGGCCAAGGUCCAGGAGCAGCUGGAGGAGAUACUCAUCCCCAGUAACUCCAACAGCCGCAUGUCCAGCCGCAUGUCAACCAGCAGCUCCCAGUCUAAAGCGUCCAGCACUCGGAGUCGACAGAGUUCCUCUACAGCUGGGAGGGACAGCGCCAGGGUUCAGAGCAGUAGACCCUGGAAAUAACACCCCCCUCCCCCUUUACCACACAGAUAAACACAAACAAACAUGCCUCCAACACAAAGUCCAUUUAUUUCAGGUUACAUUUCUCCGCUCCAUAACUGUGAAGAAACACACCUCUGGUCCCAGUCUGCAAAAUAAUCUUCCACGAUAUUGCUGUACUGUCAGAGGUGGACAGGAAACACCACAACUACUUUAUUAAAGCAACUUGUAUACAUACAUAUGUAUGUAUACCCACAUAUGUGUUUCUGGUGCCCUCUACCAUCUUUUACUCCAGAAUCCUCUGACACAGAUGCUGAAUGUGAAUUUUUUUGGAAAUUACACACACCUUGAGAAAGUAAUUAACACCACACAAAAACAAUGACCAAAAUAAUUUCAACUCUACUUAAGACAGCACAAUAGUACGACAUUUACAAAUAAAAAAAAUCUGUAGGUACAGAACAAAAAAAUUCAUUUCAGACUCAUCGGCAACCAGUGUAAUACUGCACUCUUCAUCUUCACCUCUGGAGAUUUAUGUCAAAUUGUAGCAUUUUCCCCUUAAUGUUUAUUUUAUUUUUUUUAUAUUUAAUAAAUGGUGUAUAUUUCAAUGUUUGCACAGUGCCUCAUCUGUGAACCUGAAAGCUGAUGGAUCUUUUUGCACUCAACUACAUUUUUCAUGUAACACUAUUCUCAUCCAUUGUUUUUCACCAGCUGAUGAACCUGUACAGAUUAAUUCAGUGGCUAUAAUAUGUAUUUGUCUUUUUUAACAUUAUUAUGUCAAAAAUAGUCCUGUUUAGCACCAUCAGUAUGACAGCCACCAAAUCUUACAAUUUUUUUUCCCUUUUUUUUUUUUAUUUUUUUUUGCUGGAGACAGGAUAUGCUGGGAAUCUAUAUAUUACAUAAGAUGUAAUUUAUAUAAAUAAUGUUACAGAGCUUGAUCCAUUUUGUAAAAUUAAGAAAAGUUGUGCUGUAUUUUUGUAAUUUUCUCCAUAUUGUCAUGAAGACUUUUUUUGUCCGCUUAUUCUGUUACUUGACUGUGAUUUUCUUUGUGUGUGUGUGUGUGUGUGUGUGUGUGUGUGUGUGUGUGUGUGAUCAAAGUACUGUAAGUUGUGAUCACACUAACUGAUUAGUUGAAGCCUUCACACAGAUAGACAGACAGUCAUAUUGCAGAAAAUUGCAGUGUCACUAAAGGAAGGAAAUGGACAUUCUGUCAUGGCUGUAACAAAAUUACAAGCAGCACUUCACUACCCACAGAUGCAUUUGAAAAACAGUAUUGCUAAUUUGUGGCCUUUUGUUUUAUUGGCAUGGUAGUGACUUGUAUGGUUCUUGGUCAGCUUUCCCUGGCUACACUUACAGUCUCCUGUAUGUAAAUAUGGACUACUACUUUUUUUGUGAUGAAUAAUUUGUUUUCACCAUUAGUCUUAACUCACAUUAACGAUCUGAUCACAUGAUUUUGUUUGAAAAUGAAUGUGAAAUAAAGUGUAUAAUUGUU